UCACAUGCAAAACAGUCUCCGGGGGAUGAGUGAGUGAAGCUUUUCUUCGUCAACUUGAAUGUACCAGACAGUUGAAAAAAGGAGCAACUUCUCACUGCCUUUGAACAAAAUGGAGACUAUUCAGGAGAUCAUGCCAUUUGCAUGGGAGAUGCUGAGUGCUGGACCCUCAAAGGGCUCCAUGAAGGUGUAUCUGGUGGGCGGCACCUUUGCGUUUCUGGGGAUAGUCAGCGGGAUGGCAGAGGCUGCCUGUUCACUCUUCUCCGAGCAGGAAGAGCCCUUCCUGGAGGAAGUGAUGAAAGUGCCGUUAACGGUAAAGGACCAGGCCGCCGAGCCACAGACAGCCAUCCCUGAGCCAGAUGACAUGGAAGCUGACACAGAGGCCAAAGCCAAAGAGAUGCCUGUGCUCAGGCAGCGACGGAUGAGUUUCAGAGCACAUGCCUCCUAAAGACAAGCGCUGCCCCACAACAUGUGCUUAGCUGGGAACAAGAGCAACAUCGAAUGUUUUUCCUUUACACUGCAAGCCGGACAGACAGGAAAUGGCAUGUGUCAGUUGGGAUCGUAUGCUGCUGAGCAGCUGAUUUUGGGUGCUUUGGGAGCCGCACGUUAUCAUGUAACUUGUAAGUUUCAGGCAAGGUGAUGUAAUGAUUUUCUAUUGAGUGAAUAUUAUUUAUGUAUUAGGUCUCUACAGAGUGUGCUGAUUGCAACUAAAUAAAUUUUAAUUGCUCAAA